ACGAACCACGUGUUUUUAUUUGUAAACAAAACAGAGUAUGGGAAGGGUGUGUUGGAGAUACAAACUUGGGGAGAAAACGUCGACGUGAUCCAUUUGACCAGGAAAUAUGCGUUGUUCCGGAGAAGCUUGCAAGAAGAAAGAAGAGCAUGUCUGGUGAUAGCUUCACAUCAGGGAGCAGCAGGAGUCAACAAGCCAACAAUACAAGCAAUGAUGACAGUCAUAUUACAAGUGCUUUCGAAGAUCAAGCAGAGCUUUCCAGCAGCAGCCAACAACAUUUUGUGCAGAAUGUAUCAGGUGCAGACAAGGCUAGAAAUUCUGUAGAUCAUGUUUUCAGAGAGAAUGAUACUAUCAACAUUUACAAUGUGUAUGAGAGGACAUUCAAGAAUAAGGACAGUCUGAAGGUACAUCCACUUUUUCGCAGUGGUGACAACUACUACAGCUGUACCUUCUGUUGCAAGACAUUCACCAAGAGUUAUAGCUUAAAGGAGCAUUUGCGUGUGCACACUGGUGAACGCCCAUUCAGCUGCACUGAAUGUAGCAAAACAUUCAAAUCAGCCACUGCUCUGAAGUACCAUAUGGGGCUACACACAGGAGAACGUCCAUUCAUCUGCUCUGUUUGUAGCAAAGCGUUCAUACAGAGUGGUCACUUAAAGGUGCAUUUGCGUAGACAUACAGGUGAACAGCCCUUUAGUUGUACUGUGUGCUGCAAGAGAUUCGUAACUACCACUCUCCUAAAGCAGCACUUGCCUUUACACUCAAGUGAACGCCCUUUCAAAUGCACAGAGUGCAGCAAGAAGUUUAAAUGGAAAGACAGCCUGACAAAGCAUUUACGUGUCCACACGGGUGAGCGCCCCUACUGCUGCACUGUGUGUAGCAAGACAUUCCAAGAUAGUAGUAAUCUAAAAAGGCAUUUGCUUGUCCACUGUGUGAAUGCUCCUUCAGUUGCAAGAUCUGUAGUAAGAUAUUUGCAAUGAACAGUAAGGAAUACAGACGUGAAUGCUUCUAGUUUGAAAACUUAGAGGAUACUGCAUAUUUUGAAAUGCUGUUGGCUGCGUAGUGUCACACAGCAGUUACCUGAUGGGAACUCUGUUAGUGGCACAUUUUUAAACGUGUCACGAAUAUUUAAAAACGUUUGCAAACAAUAUGAAGAACCAUAUAUCUGCAGAAUUGCUUUUGUGUUGUUGUCAUAUAAAAAUUAUGUAGUUAGACAACUGCAAGCCUUUGUUGUACAGCAGAUUGCGUUAUUUCUGGUGAAUUGUACAGCUGACUGUUUUGUAACUGUGUGAAUGGCAGAUAAAAAUUACUACCUGUUUGACUGCUGGAAGAACUUCUAUGUCAUUAAAAAUACUUUAAAAUAAGAGUAUGAAACGGGUAUACCUUGUUUGUGUGCAAUGCAUUAUUUCAUCUGUUCAGCCAUAAAAAAUAUGACAACUGAAAUAGUUCUAACUAGACCCACAAGACCUACAUCACACAGAUUGGGAAAUGAUGGAUACAGGACAGAGGUGGAAGACAACAAGAUAACACUGCUACCUGAGCUGUAUGUUUUCAGUUACUUUCAGUGGUUAUUGUCAUAUGAAUCUGGAAUAGCAAAGCUGAAAUAAAAUUAGAAACUCAUUCUAAAUAUGUCAUAAGCUAAUAAGCCAUUUGUGUGUCUGUGUGUUGAAUGAACCAUAGUGUUUCAUAGUAAGUACUUAGCAUUAGUAGCAGCCCUAGUAGAAAUGCAAAUUGUGUUCUUGGUUUGGGUCUGUGAAGUGACAGUAGACACAAG